UAUCAAUCCUCCAUACAAGUUAAUUGCAUUUGAAUCGUCGAACAUAACAUCGCACACAAUGUUCGGCGCAUUCAGACCGACGAAUUCGCUAUGUGGCGGUCUUCUAUGGAAGAUUCCGUGGCGUCUAUCGAAAUUCCAGAAAGCACGACAACGGCAUCGGCUUCGGGGCGUCGAUGCGGUUGUGGCGACUCUUGACAAAGCUCUCACGAAGAAGGGCGAGACGCUAAAGGCCCUCGAGGUGUGGAAGGAGACAAUGCCUACCGAAGCUGAGAUGCUGCCGAAAGACAAAUACACCAUGUUCGACAGGAAGGUAAAGCGAUAUAGAAAGGGAAUUCAUAAACUGCCAAAAUGGACGAGAGUGUCGCAGAGACUAAACCCGCCUGGUUAUUAAACGCCUACGAGAUAUUCCACGAUAUUCCCGCGAUCUACGUCAAUUCACCUACAUACGCCCAUACUCCAUCCCAGAAAUGUGCACUCUUGUGCUAUAUAAAGGAGGGAUUAGAGAGCAGGAGAAAGCUGUAUGGAAAGUCAUAUUUUGACAGCAUGACCUUGAAUCACAGCUAGAAUCCGACGGACUGUAUACUAUUGUACUUGAACCCAAGAAGCACAUAAGCUUUAGGCUUUCUAUAAUGGCAUACAGUAAAGCAUAAAGUAAAAC